AUGGCUUCAUACUUAUUCCCAGUGAACUACUUCAAUGUUGGAGCAGUAAUUACUGUGCUUUUCAUCUUUUCCAUCAUAAUUCUACCACCCAAAACAGUGGGUUUUGAAUAUUCAUCAAGAGAAGAGGAGAGGAAAAUGGUGUUGGGGUCAAGACCACCUCAGUGUGUAAACAAGUGUUUGAAUUGUAGACCAUGUGAGGCUACUUUGGUUGUUCCAAAUCACCAGAAGAAGCCUAAUAAUUUAAAGACCACUUCUCAUGGUGAAGAUGACACAUAUUAUCUACUCUCAUGGAGAUGCAGAUGUGGAAAUAAGAUCUAUCAUCCAUGA